AUGAUUAGAAACCUCCACUGUUUUACAAAUAAUGCACGCACUGCAAUAUGAACCUGUUCACUAAAAUACAUAGAAUGUCACAGAGUAUACUAUAAUUUAAAAUAAUGGUUGUAUAAUAUACAAAUGAACAUAUGACAAACUUUCCUAUAAAAUUUGACCAACUUCAUCACUUCCCUGGAAAAUACAGUACAGUGGGAUUUACCUUUCAGACCAUAACAGAAAACGCAUCUAUUUUGCAAACUUUAUAAAGUUACUUCAAAAUGUUUCAUUACAAAUAUUAUUAUUGGCAAUAAAAUGUUAGAAUCCUGUAUGCUCCAAUGACAUUUGUGGAAAAACUGAUGAGUCAUAUUAGGAUAAAGAUGGGAAUCCCUGAAUACGUCCUUCAUCGGCAGGGACGAAUCUGAAGAAAUAUUCAACCUUCUAAAGAAUCUUGAAUACUAAAUAAUAUAUAUUUUUUAUUUUAUAUUAAUUUUUCAUUAUUUAAUGAAUCAUUUUUAGACAGUUGGACCCUACUGCAUGUGUUGUAGUGGCAGUUUGCCAUAGCUACAACAAAAACCUUCAGGAUAUUACUAUAUAGGCUUUAUUUGAACAUAAAUUGUGAAUUAAUAUUACUAUUUAGGUUUUUACUUGUACAGCAAACAACAUUUAAAGUUCACUUCAAUUAACACCUAUGCAAGGAACAAAUUCGAUUUUCAGCUUCAACAAUUUUCACACACUGUUAUAUCAUUUAGAUGUGGUUGACAUAUUUUACUAUUUAAUGGUGUACCAAGUAAUAAAAUGCACUCAUGUAGAAAGGUUGGUGGCUUAAUUGAAACAGUUGAUUCUUAAGCAAUUUAAAUGAUGAAAGAUUUGAUGCAUUAGCCGUGUCUGGGAGGAGUUUAUCCCCAAUUAAAACUUUUAAUUCUAAUCUAGCUGCAUGGGAAGAGAUAGAUGUGCGAUCCAUGGCUUGGAAAGGGGAGUAGUAUGACUAAAGCAAUUGUCAAAGCAAAAAGAAAAAUGAGGACUUUUCCCAGUAGAGUCUUGUUUAGAGUAGAAUUGCUAAUCUGUGCAGCCCCUGAUGUAAAAAAAUGUAGUCGAAAGCAUGAACGUUUUGUUUUAAGGUCACUGCAAAUCAAUGUCUUUGCUAAAGUGUCUUUGACAUGACAUAAAAGUAUUGAUUUUUUAAAAAGACCUAUUGCAACUUUAAUUGAGAAAAAUGUGAUUGGCUGAUUUACAUCCUAGUUAUAAAGGCAUAUAGAAUAUAUAUUAGAUAUGUAAAUAGUUUUGUAAAUAGGCAGUUGGUGUUGAUCCUGAUGCUCGUAAUCAUUUACUUAGUAAUGUGUAUCGGUCUAUUGUCAUCUUUAUCCAACUCACAACACCAUAAGGAAAAAGUGUGGUUCCAUAUGGUGCACCUGGAGGUAUAAAAUGGCCUUAUAUUUCUUGACCUUUAAACGACAAUACAAAGCACUUCCCAGUUCUUGUUGACUCUCGUGUUAUGAACCCAGCAUAACAACAGGCUUUCUAGAAGUUUAAAUGCAUAUUUUGGCUUACUCCAGAUAAAACUGUGGAAUAUGGGUGGAAGAUGACUCAUCAGAUGAUAUCAUUAUUAUUAUUUUUCAUUUCUCAUGGUUUGGUAACGGUUAACAACAAACCUGUUGAGCCACUCUCUCUGUUUCUGUUGCUUGGCUUAGAUUUGUCAACAUGAUCAUGCUUGCAUGAAGUUCACAAAUUUCCUAUGACAAUCUGUCAUAGGAACAUUGGACUCUUCCACCUGUAUGGGUUCUUUUCCAAACUGUUACCACAAAGAUAGAGGCAAACGAUUGUGUAGUAGUGACGGAAAGAUAAGCUCAUUUUAGUGACUGGCUUCUUUGAAUCUUGUUCUUCAACAAAUCUUUUUUUUGUCAUGUGACAAAAGGACAAACGACUCUGACCAAAGGAUUCAUAAGAUGAACUGCUCAAUUCUGUUUCUGUGUAAUGCACUGCAUAGUGUGGGAGUCACAUGAUAAAAAAACAAAUGACUCAGACCAGAAGAAGUCGAGAGAUGAACUACUCAAUUCUGUUUCCUGCAUAUAACCUACGGAGAUUUUGCUAUGCUUUGCUCAUGCACGUUUAUAAGAAAAUGAAGAAAUCACUCUUUAAAACUACUUGUUCUACUGAGUCACAUUAAAGACUUGUUCAAAAUGAACAAAUCCUUCAUGAAUGACCCAUCACUACUGUAUGCGAAUCAUCUAGCAUGACAAUGCCCCUGUGCACAAUGUAAGCUCCAUGACCAUAUGGUUUACAUGGGUUAGAGUGGAAGAUCUUGAGUGGCCAGCUAUAGAACUCUGAACUCAUCCCUACUGAACACCUUUGGUCUGAACUGCACCCCAGGCCUCCUCACCCUACAUUAGUAUCUAAAUAUACUAAUGCCCUUGUGGCUGAAUGAGCACGAGUCUCCACAAUCACAAGCCAGAAUUUCAUGUGGAAGAGUGUAGCUUUUUUAGAAAAGCAUUUAGGGACUAAAUAUGGAAUAAGAUGUUUAGAAAGCACAUGCAUAUCACAAACAUUUGCCCAUAUAAACAUGUUUAAACCCAGAAAGGUAGAAGCACUUUGGUGAAAAUAUGAAGGUAUGCUACUACGCGAUGCUUAUUUAUUUACUGCUAAUUCCUAGGCUUUGCUUAGAUCUACCCAUCAUCCAAUAACUACCAAUUCAUAUGUGUGAGGCUAAAACCCGCUAGCAAACAUAGCUAAUGUUUUAUCCUAUAGAUCGCUAGCUAUGCUAAUUUUAAUUUCCCAAUGUAGAUACUAUGUACACAUGAAUAAAACACUAUUCUUAUCCUCAUGGCCUUAUGUGUAUCUAUGUAUGUGUUAGGUGAUGUUAGCCUUAACUGACACAGAUCUGGAAGCUGUUUUGGGUAUCAGCAACUCUUUGCAUCGCAGAAAACUACGCCUGGCUAUAGAGGAUUACAGACAGGCCGAGUCGGGACAUGGACUAUCAAAUGCUGCAGACCUGGACCACCACUGGGUGGCGCAGGCAUGGCUAAACGAUGUAGGCCUGCCGCAGUAUUCCCAGUUCUUUCACACACACUUAGUCGAUGGACGCCUUCUGAGCACAUUCACACGUGCAGACCUGGAAAAGCACCUGCACGUGUCGAAAAAAGCCCACCAGAGCAGCCUGUUGCUGGGAAUCCAGCUCCUUCACAUGCUCAACUUUAACAAGGAGUUGCUGCAGGCCAGGAGAGCAGAAUGUGAGAACCAGAACUCUGACCUUCUGGUCUGGUCCUGUCGGCGCAUUAAUAAAUGGCUCAGGGACAUCGACCUGAAGGAGUUUGGUGGCAGUCUACAAAACAGCGGUAUUCAUGGUGCUGUCAUGGUGCUUGAUCCUUCUUUUAACACAGACUCCAUGGCAACAGCAUUAGGUAUCUCUGCAAGCAAGCACAUGGUCCGUCAACACCUGAGUGAAGAAAUGAAUGUCCUCCUUGCUGCUGCAAGAGUGGAUGUUGAACAGGAAGUUGACACCAUGGAAACUCCACCAACUAUGCCCCUUCAGAGCUCUCUGGGCGCUCCACGUUAGGCCAGCAUGAUGGCCAAUACUCCUUCAGACAACUCAGUGUCAGGCCGGAGGUAAGCUUCAAUCUGAAAGGCCAUAGUGGAGGAAACGUCACGUCUGGAAACGCUAGCUGUGAGGAUGCCACACCCCAGCCAGAAAACAGUCCGGCCAGAAACCUCUCUGCUGCUGACCACACUAAUGUCUAAUCCUAACUCUGCUCUCCCGAGACAUGGUCCAAAGCCAUAAUGACCCUGAUCUCAGGGGUUUAAGCUGUAAACAGGCAUUUAUAUGAAUUUAUAUUUCUCAGCUGAAACCUUUCUCCUUGGACUUUUUUUAUGAUAAUGUUAUUAAAUGUAUGUUUUGUAAUGCCAACACUGGUUCUGAGGUACGAUUUGGACUCAGAGUUAGUUUUGGCACAAAUGCUGCAACUGAUUUAGCUUUGAAUAACAUCAUCUUAUAAUAAAUAAUUAAACCUUGUUUUUUUAUGAAUUGUAUAAUGAAACAGUCACUAAUAUUUCUGCUAAUCAUACAUGUUAAGCUUUGUUUUGUGAAUUCAUAACAUCACAUGAACAAAUAUGGAGCCUUUAAAUACAAUGGGAAAAAGUGUGAAUUGUAGAACUUUCUGGACAUAAUGGAUUAAGCCUUAACCUUGCCCAUCUGCUCUGUUAGGUUAUUGUCCCUUCACAGCAAAAAAAAUAUACAGCAAUGUGGCUGUGACUCACCAGGUUCUGCAGGUGCAGGCUAAGCCUGGUCUUAGACUUAGAAGACUAUUAAACUGUAGAAAAUAUAAAUUAGUCUACGCUUAACCUGUGACCAAGAAGAAGGUAAAGAGUUAAAUCUGAGACUGCAUUGUCCAGUAAAGACAUGCCUCACCCUGCAUUGCCUGAGAUUAUCUACUAACAAUAAAGCUAAACCUGGGAGAUACCUUUCAUUAUCUCCGACCUCAAUGAGUAAUAAAUUAAUUUUUUUAAACAGAAAA